CUGCUGUUGAGUAAUUUGUAGACGGUCCCUGGAAGAGCAGCACAUCUCCCUUCGAGUCGCUCUAGAAAGUUCGGUGCCCUUCCUGCUGCACGCCUUUAAUCCGCUCCUGCUUUGUCUUUCUCACACACACACAACACCAAGCUGAUUAGUUUCUGGAAUUUUACAACAGCCUGCUAGGAGCUAGUUUAUCUAUAUAAGGAGUACAACAUUAUCAGUCCGGGUCUGCGCCGCGCCGCGCCUCCUCCCUCCCUCCUUGCCACACUUUCACAUCCCAUUGAGGCAGUCGCAGGUGGACUUGCUGUACAGGAUUAUAACCUUUAAUUUAGGCGUUUUAGUGCGAGCAUGACCGCAGAAGAAGUGGCCAGCGACGGGCAGAGCAUCCCUAUCGAGGGAGAGGACAUCACUCUGAAGAAAGAUGGAGGAGUUUUGAAGCUGGUGAAGAGAGAGGGCACAGGUACGGAGUUGCCGAUGACCGGUGACAAGGUGUUUGUGCAUUACGUCGGCACCCUUUUGGACGGCACUCAGUUCGACUCCAGCCGUGACCGAGGAGAGAGAUUCUCAUUCGAGUUAGGAAAAGGUCAGGUGAUUAAAGCAUGGGAUGUUGGUGUGGCGACGAUGCGCGUUGGUGAAAUUUGUCAACUGAUCUGCAAAUCUGAGUAUGCGUACGGAUCUGCUGGAAGCCCACCCAAAAUCCCACCCCACGCCACCCUGGUGUUCCAGGUCGAGUUGUUUGACUUUCACGGUGAGGACAUCACAGAGGAUGAAGAUGGUGGAAUUAUUCGUCGAACCAUCACUAAAGGAGAGGGUUACGCUAAACCAAACGAGGGUGCUUCUGUAGAAGCGCAUGUGCAGGGAACGUACGAGGGCCGCGUGUUCGACGAUCGGGAUCUGAAGUUUGAGGUGGGAGACGGAGAGAGUCUCGACCUGCCGCUCGGGGUGGAGAAAGCACUGCAGGCGAUGGAACAGGGCGAGGAGUCCCUGUUCUUCAUCAAACCAAAGUAUGGCUUUGGAAACGCAGGCAGACUCAAAUUUAACAUUCCUCCUGAUGCAACACUGCAAUACAAAAUCACGCUGACGAAGUUUGAGAAGGCUAAAGAAUCCUGGGAGAUGAACACCAGUGAAAAAUGUGAACAAAGCGUGAUCGUCAAAGAGAAAGGCACUCAGUACUUCAAAGAAGGCAAGUAUAAGCAGGCAGUGAUGCAGUAUAAGCGCAUCGUGUCCUGGCUGGAGCACGAGUCCAGCCUGCAGGGUGAGGAGGAAGAGAAAGCCAAAGCCCUGAGGUUGGCAGCUCAUCUCAACCUGGCUGUGUGCUACCUGAAACUACAGGAGGCCAACCCCGCCCUUGAGAACUGUAACAAGGCACUGGAACUGGACACCAACAACGAAAAAGCUUUGUUCAGGCGAGGGGAAGCGCUGUUCCUGAUGAAGGAAUUCGAUCAGGCGAGAGGAGAGUUCCAGCUGGUGAUGCAGCUGUAUCCGACCAACAAGGCGGCGAAGAGCCAAGUGCUGCGGUGCCAGAAAAACCUCAAGGAGCAGCACGAAAAGGACAAACGCCUCUAUGCCAACAUGUUCCAGAAGUUUGCGGAGAAGGACGCUAAGAAGGAAACCAAGCAAGCAAAGAAAGAGAGUGAUGGUGCGAUGGAGAUAGAGGAAAAUGGUGCUCGUGAGCAGACUGCAGCAUAAAUACGUGUUCAUUUGGUUGUUUUUGUGUCUAAUUUUGUUUUUUUACUAUUUUUAACAAUUUGUUCCUAUGAAGCGUGUGUGAGUGUGUGUGAAGCUGAAAGUCUGGUCUGUAGAAUACUUUUUUUUUUUUUCUUCCCUUCUCCUUUCAUUCCUUUUCUCUAGGUGUGUGUGUGUGUGUGUGUGUGUGUGUGUGCAUGCGCUCAUGCGAGGCAGCUAGUUGGCCCGGCUGUGUACUUUUUGCUGCUAUUCCGCAUGAAGGUGCAAAAUUGAAGGCUGUAAUACUGAAUGGAGAUGCGCUCAGUAAAUAUUACGCAGUACUGCAGCCUCCGAUCACGGGCCGGCCCUGAUACUGCUAAUAAAUUAUAUAUCGGAGCACCACUAUGUAGUGCUGCUGUACAGAAUAGAUAAAGGCAUGGAUUAAAAUGAUCGCCAUGGCGACACGACUGUUUUGUUGGUAUUGUCCAUACAGUAUGGUUGUACACAUUUGAUAGUUGACCCCCACCACCACUGAUCUGAUCUUUCACUGUUUGCUUCACAUAACUUUUUUUUUUUUUUUUUCCUUCCCCUUCUCCCACACAACUCAUCCGGUGUCCAGUGAAAUCCAGUAUUUUUUUUUUAAACUGUUUACGAGAACAGCAUAUAGGAGGAGUUCUUUUUCAUGGAGAGCCGCUUCGUGUCUACUUGACUCGCUUUUACAAUCGUUAGGUUUUAGGCAGCCAUAGAGGAAUAAGUCCAGACUCCUAUUCUAGUGUACUGUAGUGCAGGGAAGUCAGUUUUGUGUUUGUAUUGACUCGGAUCCGGAUGCUGCGCUCAUCUGAUUUUUCUCAGUGGGGACGUUUGAGCUGAGGUUGUAAAUUACUGAAAGUUAGACGUGUUUCUCAGCAGUCCAUAUGGUUUUUGCGCUGGUUUGUUUGAAAUGCAUGAAUGGAGGCGAGUAAAAUGCGUUCAUUGUUCUGUUCCUGUGUCACUAAUGCCCCAAUGAUGUCAAAUAAAAUAAUUCCGCAAGCUCAAA